GGGAGGGGACGGGAGGAGGAGGAGGUGGGGCGACCCCGGCAGCUGUUUUCAUGACAACCGCUUUAAAGGCGCCGAGUAGAGGUGGGCAACGGUCUGGACUGACAUCCACCGCGCACCAACUUGAAUACCAAUGAAUGCACGAUCUGUGGAGCCCUUUGUUCUGCAAGGAUUCGCAGCCCACUGACCUUGCAUAUUCACUCUCGCUCUGCUGUGAGGUUCCUCCCCCUUUUGAUUCGCAGGGCUGACUUCUGUCACGUAGCGCUCCUGUGUGACAGGCUGAGAGAGAAUCUUUCGGGGUGAAAACCGUGUGAGAUGCUGCUGAGUGCCCAGAUGUUAGCCUGCAAGUGUUGCCAGAGGUGCAGAGUUUCCUCGCGGAGGUUCUUCACCACAUUGCCCAGGUUCAGUAACACUACCUACUACGCUAUUCUUGGGAUCAAACCAGAUGCAACACUUGAAGAGAUCAAGAAGGCUUUCCACGAGCAGUCAAAGAAGACUGUCAUUGUAGCUGAUGUCUUCAAAUGCUGCAGCUCUCUGGCUGUCUGGAAGGUUCGCCUCUCUGUCCUAAUCUCUUCGCAGAUGUUGUACAAGACGUUGCUCCAUCCGGACAUCGACCUGUCCAACCCCAACCUGCACGCCCAGUUCGUACGGCUGAACGAAGCGUACAGCGUGCUGAGCAAGCACAGCAGCCGCGCGGAGUACGACGCAAAGCUGAAGGUGCAGCGACGUGCCCCCUUUGGAGAACCACUCGAUCCGUGGGCGCACGGCAGCAAGGACGACCCCUUCUUCUACCACGUCAACCCAACCUCAAGCUACGGCUUCAGCAAGUCCGAAGAGCAGCGAUACUGGGAGCAGUUCCGCUACCCAACAGAAGACAGUGAAGCCUAUCGGGGCACAAGAAAGCACAAGAAGAACCUGAAGGCCUUUGGUUACUGCGUCUUCAUUAUGUUGGCUGGAUUAUUCAUCCACUACGUUGGCUUCAGGAAGCUUGAAGAGGUUCACAGUAACUUCAUGGACCACAAGGACCAAGUUAUCAGAGAGAUUUAUAACGAGUCCAAGGAGAGAGCAAGGAUGAACGGCUUCAAGAAGCAGCAAGAGAUCCUUCGGCGAAAGCACGCGGACUUCAUGGAGAAGUACCGGGUGAAGAAGCAAGGGGAUGGUGAUAAAUAAAGCACACUCCAGGGCAAACCGCAGUGUCUGUGUCCGUCUCCA